AAAUCCGAAUUUCGAAUCCCUUCAUUUUUCCGUCUUCAUUUUCAUCUUCAUCUUCGUCCAAAUCGUAGCGCUUGUUCGAAUGCAACAGUGAUUUUGAAAUCGGUAAAACCCUAGGCUGUGUUUAAUUGCAGCAAAUUUCCCGAUUAAUUUCAUCCUUUUUUCGCGAGGCCACGUGGAUUUUUGCGGCAGAAAAAAAAAAUGCGAGCUUUUGGAUGAAUCAACGCCCUCUCAGCUAGGGUUUCGGCCUCAAUUGGCCGGUUCAGCCAUGGGUGCUUUCACUAACAAUAGGAAGCGAAGGGACGAUUACUACAAAUCCCUUGGUCCUCCAAUCGACCAGUCGUACGGUAACAUUGCCAAAAAACCGAAGCUAUCGAUUUUCACGAAUCAGAAUCAAAAUCAAAAUACGGUGGAGCAUCAUCGGCCCGCGUCGUCGAAUUCUGUUGUCGCGAGAAUUUCUCAGUACCCGGAGAGGAAAUCAGGGUUUGGGAGAGAAGUUCACGCCCCAGUAAGGAAUUCGAGGUUUGGAAAAUUUUCUUCUUCUGCUAAGAAUACUGAAACUGCUGCUAGUUCUGAGGAAAGCCCAUCUGAUAAAAUGGGGAGAUUUGGUUUUCAUUUUCUUUUACGGAAAUUCAAGAAAGCUAAGGAUGCAGCAGUGGGCAGUUUAAGGUACGUGUCUCAUGGGAAACAAAAGGGAAAGGAGGUGAUUGAAAUUGACAGUGAGGACGAUAAACAGGAUAAUGUCUCUGAUGAUUCGGGCGUUGACGAAGCGGAGAUUGUGGAGGAUUACAAUGGGAGUAAGUCGAGGGGAGGACGUAGGGGUGUUGAGAAAUUACGUGAACCAAAUGUUAGGACAGUGGAGAAAGAACUGCGGUCUUUUGAUUCUUCUGUGGUUACAGAUGUAAGUGGAAUUGCAAAGGUAGACGAUGAGGAGAAGAACGGGUUAAUGCAGUUCGACCAGGUAGAGGUUGAUUCAGGGGUGCCUUACUAUAAGAGGUUGCUUGAUGGCUCAAAGAAAAGAGACAUUAGGCUUGCUAGUCUAAGUUUUGACAUAGAAGUCAAUCAUAAGCGCCGUCGUUGGUUUGAUUUAUUUCGGCCUCAAGAGAAAGAAGAGAAUAUCAAGAAGAAUGUAGCCGAAGAAUGUUUUGUGCCACUUACUGAGGAGGACGCGAAAAAAGUUAAUUCUGCAUUGUCCAAUUCCAAUAGGAGAAAAGUAUUGGUGACUCAUCAGAGUUCAAAUAUUGAUAUUGUCGGAGAAAAAUUACAAUGUUUGAAGCCUAGAGCAUGGCUUAAUGAUGAGGUCAUUAACUUAUAUUUUGAACUGUUGAAAGAAAGGGAAAAAAGGGAGCCACAGAAGUUUUUGAAAUGCCAUUUUUUUAAUACCUUCUUUUACAAGAAGUUGAUUAGCGGCAAGGGUGGCUACAAUUUUCAAUCAGUUAGAAGAUGGACUUCGCAAAGAAAGCUUGGAUAUAGCCUUUUAGAGUGUGACAAGAUUUUUGUGCCUAUCCACAAAGAAGUUCACUGGUGUUUAGCAGUCAUCAACAAAAGGGAUCACAAGUUUCAGUAUCUUGAUUCACUCAAAGGAGUUGACACACAAGUUACGAGUGUACUGGCGAGGUACUUCGUUGAUGAGAUAAAGGACAAGUGUGGAAAAUGCAUUGAUGUGGAUUCAUGGGAACACGAAGCUGUCAUGAACCUUCCCGAGCAGGAAAAUGGGUUUGACUGUGGCAUGUUCAUGAUCAAAUAUGCUGACUUCUAUAGCAGAGACAUUGGACUGCGUUUUAGCCAAGAACAUAUGCCAUAUUUUAGGCUGCGGACAGCUAAUGAGAUCUUGAAAUUGAGAGCCGAGUGAUAUUAUAAGGACUGAUUGAUUCGUUUGCCAUACUAUGAUCUUGAUUGGUUGAAGGCAGAACUGUUGAGAUUGGGUUUUUGUCGUAUAAAAAAAAUGCAUCCUCUUGUGCGAAAGGAAAAAGGGAUGGAGUUUUAUAAUCGCAGUCAACUUCUGCAAGUGUAGUUCUGAUAUAUUGCUUGUGAAAUUCAAAAGAAGUGCAACAAGAUAGGUGAUUUCAUUUUCCCUUUUUUGAACCUUUUUUGUUUCUAAGAAAGAUCUGUUGAUAGUAUUAAAGGUUGUGAAUUCAUCAUUGGAAGAAAGAUUUGAUUUAUUUGUUAGUCAUUUUUUUGUGUAUUAUCAUAUGAGAGACUUUUCAUGCA